AGAGUUUCUCAAAAUACCCAGAAGUUAAGUGAAUGUUUAUUUAUGUGUGUGUUGAGUGGGGUGUUUGUUUACCACUUUAAUUCAUGUGAGCUUCUUUAAAAUCUACCUAAUUGGUUGCUGAUAAUGUUUUUACUAGUUUCAGGUCUCAUAAAUUCUAUCUCGUUAGAUAAAGUUAACUUUGCCAAAGUAUUUCUCAUUAUUGUAGGGGAAUAGUGAAAAUGAGUUGUUGACUUGAAAAAAUUCUGUUUGAUUUAGUCUUUAGAGGUUUAACUUUAUCGAUUUUGCUAUUGUAUGUUAAGGUAAGUAGACGCAAGAGCCACACAUGUUUCUGAAUACUAAUGAUGUGCACACUAAUGAUGUGCAAUUGUUUCAUUAGGUGUGUUGCGUUGCAAGGAUAUUGGAGAAUAACUAUGUCGGUGAAUGAGCUCCCAUGAUUUGAUAUGUCACUUACUGGUAAAAAAAUUAUCCAGCAAAUUUAUUCUUCAUUCAUUUAGUAACCUAUUAAUAUUCAGAUCGUUUUGCAUAGGAUUAUUUCCAAAUAAAAGGGUUCCAUCGCUUGAUUUUUAUUUGCUUCCUACAGACCUAAGUGGAGUCCAGAAAUGUCAGUUGAUACGUUGGAUAGUCUUGAAAAGGAAGAAUUCUUGAAAUGGAGACGGUCAUUGGCUUUGCUUGAAGAAAAAGACGGCAUCGUUCUUACUCCUUUUGAGCGGAAUUUGGAGUUCUGGCGUCAGCUGUGGCGUGUCGUGGAACGUAGCGACGUUGUUGUUCAGGUGGUCGAUGCUCGUCAACCUCUUUUAUAUUAUUCGAGUGAUUUAGAUAGUUAUGUUCAUGAAGUUGAUUCGAACAAGACAUCUGUGGUUCUUGUUAAUAAGUCUGACUUUCUCACAAAUCAACAAAGAGCUUUAUGGGCGGAGUAUUUUAGAACUAUUGGUAUUAACGCCAUAUUUUGGUCGGCUGUACUAGCCAGUGAACAGAUGCUAGGACAAAGUCCUACCAAUAUGACCCAACCUUGUGAUAUUUCAACCAAAAUAAUUAAUGGAACCAGUUUGGAGUCCGAGAGUAAUUCUGAGGAAAGUCAAACCGAGUCAGACACUGAUAGUGAGGCCAGUACAGUAACUAUUCAUGAAGAAACUAACGAGGAAAGCCCUAAGGUUGUCAGAUGCACUACACAGUUGCCGAAUAGACUGGAUUGUAAAAAAAGUGAUCCUUGUGAUAGUACAAUCAAUACAAAAGAAAUCAGUGAACCGAUUUCCGAGUUCUCCAAUUCUGUUAGAUGCGAUGUUAUUGAUGCUGAGACAUCUGCUCAAUCCAAACAAAAUGGUGAGGCGGGAGCUAAGGUUGUUGGAGUUGAGGAGCUAAUAAAUUUGUUAACUGAAAAAUUCAGUCCCUCCAGUCGUCAAUCAAAGGAUCCUUUGACAGUUGGCUUCAUUGGUUACCCAAACGUUGGGAAAUCUAGUACACUCAACGCGAUACUAGGUCAUAAAAAGGUUCCGGUGUCAGUUACACCUGGGAAAACCAAACAUUUCCAGACCAUUUAUGUCCGAUCAGACUUGAUACUUUGUGAUUGCCCGGGAUUGGUGAUGCCAUCUUUUGCUUACUCUAGAGCGGACUUAGUUGUAGCUGGCAUAUUAUCAAUCGAUGAGAUGCGUGAUUAUUUAGCUCCUGUUGGUUUAGUUUGUGAAAGAAUUCCACGUCAUAUUUUAGAAACAAUGUAUGGAAUCAGCCUUCCUAAAUUUCAAAAUGCACAAGUUAAUGAUAGUUUAAACCGCAUCCUGACACCACAUGAAUUAUUAGCUGCUCACGCAUUUAUGCAUGGUUUUAUGACAGCUAAAGGGAAUCCAAAUUAUGAUCGUUCUGCAAGAAUCAUUUUAAAAGAUUAUGUAAAGGAGAGGAUUAAGAAGAGCAACCUAUCACACUUCCUUUCUAAUGUAUUUGUAUAUGGUCGACUUUUGUACUGUCAUCCUCCUCCAAACACAACUGAUCCUCUUGAUUUUCAAUCACUUGGGCGAAAUGAUAGUUUACCCUGCGGGGUUGGUUAUUUUCCUGAUCCAUCUAAAGCUGAACGGUUUCUUAAACGACUAGAUGAAAAACAGAAGCGAGCGUCUAGUCAAUGUAUUGAUGAAGUUAUCACUGAAUUUGAUCGAUUGGCGUUUAAACAGGAUCAACCUGCACGCGAACUUAUUAAAUCUCAUAAGCAAAUACCUAUUUUACGUUCUAACAUAGAAAAGUCAAAGAUCGAUGAUGAAGUAUCAUCGAAUGCAUCUUGGAGUACUGUUGGCUCAGUUGAGACUGUUAGCAAUUUAUCAUGCAUUAGUAGUGGGACAACACAAUUUAUCUUAGAAGAUGGUACAGUCAAAAAACCUUGGCGUCUAUUAAGUCACGCUAAACGCUUGAAUUCAGUACAUUCAACAAUAUUAUCAAACCAAACAGAGGCUGUAAAACAUGUAACAAAACACAAAAAACGCAAAGAAAAACUCCGUCGAGUUUAUCGUUAUUUAGAUGAACAUGAAAGAACAUGA